GGGACUGAAAUCCAGUCAGAGAGGCAGUUGGUAUGGGAAGCUCAGACCAUAAGAGUGCUCUGCUACAGCGGCGUGUAACUCAGCUUCGUGAGGAAAAACCUAGACAGGAUUCAGUGUAGUUUCUAAUAUGCAUCAGGAAUUCUACAAGACCAAGACAGUGUAAUAGUGCAAAUGAUGAUGUUCUGCGAGGCUCAUUCAAGAACUCCAGAGUUCAAUCAGAGACCAGUAUUCUUAGUAAGUGAUUUUGCUAAUCGCAUGCUAACAUCUUCUGAUAAGUUAUAGUCAACAGAGCAAUGGGUGGGAAGCAGUCCCGCACUUUGUCCAGCAAGGAGUUGAAUGACAUGAGUGUGAGCCAACGGAGACAGAGUGCAAUUAGAGACGACCAGUCCAGCAUGACCUUGGCUGCUGGGAGGAUCCGAAGACACACUAGACUGCAUUUUGGUUACAGCACCCUAAGUCUAGCCAUGCGAGGACUAAAUGAAACACCAACUGAACUAUGGCAACUCCAAGACCUUCAGAAGCUAAACUUGUCAAUGAACUGCCUGCGCUCUUUGCCCUCUUCCCUGGGUGCUCUUGACAAUCUGGUGGUUCUAAACUUGUGGGGGAACAACCUGUCCCGCCUUCCACCUGAGAUUGGCCUUCUAAAAAAACUGCGUGUGCUCUUCGCCUGUCGCAACCGCCUGAGUGAGGUACCAGAGGAGCUGGGCUCCUGUACCUGUCUGGAGGUGCUCAGUUUGGCCAAUAAUCAGAUCACAGGCCUGCCAAGCAGCUUGGCAGCCAUGCGCAAUCUCACGAAACUCAAUCUCAGCCACAACCACAUCGCUCACAUUCCCACCUGCGUCUAUAGCAUGAAGGGUCUGGUCUUCCUCCAUCUCGCCUACAACCGCCUGGAGACCAUUGCGGACCAGAUUCAGGACCUGGUUAAUUUAAAAAUCCUCAUUGUGGAAGGAAAUAGCAUACACACAUUGCCCAAGACUCUGUGCUUCCUGGAGUCUUUAGAACUCCUAAAUGUUGACUUCAAUGAUCUGCAAAGCGUACCAGUGGAAAUGUACUUGUUAAGUAAGCUGAGGCGGCUUGCGUGCCACCCGCUCGAUAAAGGACUCCAUAUUGUGCAUAACCCCCUUCUCAAACCUAUCCAGGAGGUGCUACAAGGAGGACUCAGUGCUCUCUAUAACUACCUCAAGCCCACUUGAGAGGGUACUACUGUGCAUGUGUGUCUAAAAGAGUGUGCUGUAAGGGGAAGCUGCCACAAAUCUGACCCUUGGCAUAUUGUAGUCACGCUCUGAGUUUGUUGUUACCUCAGACUGUCUGUCAGUGAUAUCAUGAUUCAAAGCAACUGCUCAGUAAUAGUUUUAUAAGUAAUCUUUUAAUCACUGACAGAUUUUCUAUUUUUCAUGUAAUGUUAGGUUAUAAAUAAACCAACUGUUGUGUCACAUCUAAAUAUUUGUUAAGUAACGGGGUCAGGAUGAGUAGUUCAGCUCAAGCAAAAAUUCACAGGUCUGCAUUUGGGUGCUGAUUACUGUUCAGCUGACCUUGUUGGGCUCGCAGCAGUGAAAGACAUAGGGCUAAGUUCAGCUCUCUAAGCACAGCUCUCUUUGUUGCAUUCAGGUCACAGGGAUCAGGUGUGUAAAGUCAGUGGAAAGAACAGCGGAGGGAGCUUAAGAUCUGCAAAAGAAUAAAACAAAAUGCAACAGGGA